AUGAGGUUCUCUUUGGCCCUCGCAGCCUUCUCGGCGAUCUCUAUGGUCGAUGCGGCGUACUUCUCUGAAGGUUGGAAGCCGGGUCAGGCACCACCAACGCAGGCUAUACCACCGGGCAGCAAACAGACUUCCGUGCCGCUUGCCGACUUCCUAAAGCCCAAGGCUGCAGCUGACGCACCCCCACGAAAAGGCAUCCUCGAACUUGUGCAGGAACUGCAGACAAUGGCGACCGAUGCGCUCACUGCGCCGCUUAAAAGCGGGCCAGUCGCCGACAUAAUACAGAGAACAACUGGGCUCAAUGUCAGUCAGGCCAUCGAGAGGGCCAAAGCAGCCGCAUUGCAGGACAAGUGGGACUCCAGGAUAAAGCUGAUCACAGACGACAAUUGGGAAGAUGUGAUCGAGUACGAACAGCUCUCGCCCGAGGAGGAAGAAAGCCGGACGUGGCUCAUCUUGAUCACACUUUCAGAACAGAAUGCGGUGACGCAGUUUGUGGAGGAACAGUUUAUCAAGGCCUUCAACGAGACUAUGGACAAUGACGAUGACCUGCCAGGCGUCAAGUGGGGCCGGAUCGACUAUUUUAACGUCACACUGAUCACGACUAAGUGGCUCAUCUUUAAGGCGCCCCUUGUUGUGAUGGCUUCACACCGCGGGAAGGAUCUUCGUUUCUUCCACCCAACGCAGAUCAAGAUGAGGGAGCUCCACGAUAUCAUGAAAGAAGAGCUAUGGAAGAGUGUCCCCCCUUGGAGGUCGAGUUGGGGACCAGGUGGUGAGAAUGCCUGGGUUUUGCACCAUGCAGGUAUUUGGUUGGGCAAGUACAAUGAUAUCGCGGGUAAAGUGCCCAAGUGGGCACUGAUGAUGGUUACUGGCGUUUUCGGCUCCUUCGUGAUCCAGCUUCUUCACGGCCGAGAUAAAAAGAAAGCCGCGCCUGUCAUCAAGAGCGACGAUGCUGCGAAAACGGCCCCGCCACCUGUUGCUCCCACGACGCCCAAGAAAUCUCCGGCAGAAACCAAAAAGGAGGCAAGCAAGCGGAACCGGUCUGCCAAGCGAACCGCAGACUAAUGCGUUUUCGUGCAUAUCUUUCACGAUCUUGUAUACG